AUGGAGUCGCCCAGAUCCAGUGCCAAAGCAAUGUUGGCAAAAUUGAAUCUGGGCUCAUUCAGCGGGGUGCCUCAGCCGUCUGAGCCACCGUCAAAGGGCAGUCCCGGCCCCUCAGACCACGAGAAGGCCUUGAUACGACGCCUUGAGGAGCAAAAUUUCCACAAUGCUACGACUGCGUCCUCGAUUGAGCAGCAACGGCUUGUCAAUCAGAAAAAGGAAGAGAUCGAGCGUAAUAAAGCAAACAAGCCACGGAUCCCAAAAAUGAACGGCGCUGUUAAUAAUGAAUGGGAAAUCUGGGGAAACGCAUUGAAAGACUGGCACGAGUUUUCGAAGAAGAACUCGAAAAAGGUUCUUCCGAUGAUUUUGAAGGGCAUUCCAAAUCCUCUCAGACCCAUGGCUUGGAUAUCUAUUUCUGGCGCAGAUCUUCGCCUCCACCAAAAGUAUUCUGAACUUUUGAGCCAAGAAACUUCGUCAGAAAAAAUGAUCCGAGGGGAUAUAAGCCGGACAUUUCCUGAAGAAGAAAUGUUCCAAGACGCUUCUGGAACGGAAAUGCUCUUCAACGUUAUGAAAGCAUAUGCAGUUAGCGAUCCAGAGGUCGGUUACUGCCAGGGCAGUGCGUUCAUCGUCGGUAUGCUAUUAUUAAAUAUGCCAGAGGAAGAUGCCUUCUGCCUUUUUGUCAAGCUCAUGUCGAGAGCGACCGGUUAUGGCCUCCGAGAAAUGUAUAAACCCGGCAUGGGUGAACUUCCAGUUUUACUCUACCAGCUCGAAAUGCUGAUUCAAGAACAUUGCCCAGAACUCCACACUCACUUCAAAGCUCAUGAAUUCUCCACUUCCACUUUUGCUUCCAAAUGCCUAAAUAAAGCAUUGCUUCUGACGCUGAAGGAUCAAUUUCUCGGACGUGAUCUGGACGGUAUGAUGAGCCUAGCGCAAAAAGAAGGGCCCAAGUUCUUCGCCCGCGAUCCUGACUUAUUAAUCAACAAGGCAUACGGCGCUGGUAUCAAGAUUUCUACCACGAAAAUGUCCAAGUGGCGAAAAGAAUUCGAAAGCGCGAGAAAGAAAGAACUUGCCGAAGAGGGCGAAAUACGGUGGCUACGGGCUGAAAACCGAAACUUGAACAAUAGGAUUUUAUCGCUCGAGAAGGAGAAUAACACGCUAGCUCAUAAUCUUAUACAGCGCUCCGUAAAGCAAGCGAUCGAAGCGGAAGAAAAAAUUCUGUUGGGCAAGGAGUUGAAAUUGGCGAAACGUCACGCCAAACGACUUUCAGGCGGAAGUAGAGAUGAAGUUUUAGCGGAUGAUGCGGAUCGUAAGGAUGUCAAAUAUACCGAAGAAUUUGUACUUGAAUUACAACAGGAGCUCGUGAAGGCAAGAUUGAGAGAGGCAGAAGCUACGGAACACUUGAAAGAAUCGAAUGAAAGGCAAAAAGUUCUUGAAGCGGAAAAUCGAGAGCUGCGACGAGAUACACAGCUUGCUGACGCUCUCGCAGAAGCUCGAAAUUCGAAGAAGUUGGAGAGCGAGGCGAUAAUGGCGCUUAGAGAUCUUCAGAAGGGAUUACAGGCUAAUUUAAGUAAAGAUGCAGUAUCAUCAGAUUCCGCUCUGGAAGCGAUGGUGUCAGCUGCAGCUGGGGCUCGGGUGGACCUAAUUGAGACCAAGCAGCAAAUUAAUAUUCUCGAAGCGAGCAUGAGAAGGAUAAGUCAGCAGCGGGAUGAGCUACAGCAGGAGAUCAAGGCACUUAGAGAGACAAAUUUGACACUGAAGAAAGACAGAGACCGCCAAAAAGAUCAGCUUUUACAGGAGAAAUCCCUCCGACAAUGCGAAGAAAGCCAAGCCAAAAUAGAUCAACUCGAGGACUCGCUCAACAAAUCGAGCUUUCCAGUGCUUGACGAUGAGAUUCCAACGACGAUACCGACGCUAGAAGAGUCCGAUAAGCUCAUAGAAAAGGCGGAACUGGAUCAUGUUGAGAGAGCAGAAGCUGAUGAUAUUGAUGAACUCACUCUCAAGGUUGACGACUCAUGA